CUCUUUUUUGCGACAACUGAGUAUACUUCUUUACUAGAUAAAAAAUAUAAAGAUGGCAAAAAGAAAGAGAAAGACAAGAACUCACAUUGCACCUACAGAAGAAGAAAUGGACAAGAUCCCCAAGAGUUUUGUUAUGCGAUCUGGAAUUGUUGGGCGAUCUGUUACUGCGCUUGUAAGAGAUGUUAGACGUAUAUUUGAACCACACACUGCAAGCCAUUUAAGAGAACGUCGAUCCAAUCGUCUUAAAGAUUUUGUUAUGGUUGCAGGACAACUUGGUGUUACUCACUUUGUAAUAUUUAGCCGCACAGAAAAGAACGUUAAUCUUCGUAUUUGUCGUGUACCUCGUGGACCCACAUUGACCUUUAGGGUAGUCGAAUAUGCUUUAGCUAAAGAUUGCUUGGCUCUCCAACGAAACCCAAAGACAUCCGAUACCGAAUAUCGCACAAGUCCGUUGAUAGUACUAAAUAACUUUCAGCAACCAGGAAAGGAAUUUAAAGUGAUGACAGCCAUGCUACAAAAUAUGUUCCCUUCUAUUGAUGUUCAAACAAUGCAAUUAUCUCAAGCUAAGCGAGUGCUUUUAUUCAACUAUAAUGAAGAUACGCAACAAAUCGAUGUUCGACAUUAUAGUAUUGGCGUGAAAGCAACCGGUGUAUCCAAGUCUAUUAAGCGAGUAGUGAACACAGAUCUGCCCAACUUAGGUGAUUUCGAAGACAUAUCAGACUACAUCUUAAAAGAAGCAAUAGUUUCAGAGAGCGAUGUAGAAGAUGGUCCGGAAUCAACGGUUACAUUACCUGAUCAGCGUAGAAAUGAACAAAGGGCAGUACGUCUUUGUGAAAUAGGGCCAAGAAUGACAUUGGAACUAGUGAAAGUAGAGAAUGGCGUUUGUGGUGGAGAAGUGUUAUAUCAUAGAUAUGUCAAAAAGACAAAGAGAGAAAGAAAGGAAAAUGAAGAAAGAGCAGCCAAAAAGGCGAAAAUACUAAAAGAAAAGGAAGAAGCGAGAGCCUUGAGAGAAAAGGAAAAAGAGGAAGAAGCUUCUAAAGAAGAAGAAGCUUCAGAUGAAGAAGAAGAAGAAGAAGAAGAAGCAUAA